CUAACGUCUUAGUUCUACUUCCACCGACAACAAUCUUUUGCGAAUCUCCAACAAUUUAUUAACGGAGGAUGUCUGAACGUAUGCCCACGAAUACUGUGUCGUUCUGCCCUACCUGUAAUAAGCCUUUCACAGCAGCGCCUUCUUUUAAUCGUCAUGUAUCGUACUGUCGCCGUGCGCAAGUUCGUCCCAAAGUCAGACGCAGAUCGUGUCGAGCCUGCAAGAAUGCCAAGGUGAAGUGUAGUUUCCAACCUUGCUGUGCGCGGUGCACUUCAAAAGGGCUGGAUUGUAUCUAUGAGCGCACAUCAAGUAUGGAAGAAGUGGCCACAAGUGGCCAACAGAGGUCUUCAAGUCCAUCAAUUGUGCCUGUCGAAUCUCGAACUUCAGAAGCUCAGGAAAUACAACUUCCGGGCAUUGACCCCAUGCAAGAGCUUUCCUUUCUCGGUUAUAACGACACUAUGGCGGUCGCAAGCUUCAGCCCCACCAUUGGUCCAAUUGCUCAGCUUGGCGAUAUUGAUGUGCUUCCUUCAUCAUGGGGCGUUGCACUGGAUUUUCCAAUGUCUACCUGGUCCAUGAGCACCCGCGAUGAUACUGGAGAACCAGGCUUUCUGACAAGGAUCGGUCGCUCCGACAAGUACGCACAACACAGCGCGGAUACUAUCAUCGAAGCUCUGUACGCGAUACCCGACCGGAUGCUUCGUCGAGAAACAUUUCCACCCUUCAUCCAUCCCCAUUGGCACCUCCCAGCUCUGCCCGAACCUCUUGCUGUAUGUAUGCAGCUUGCAGACAUGUAUUCGAGAGCACCGGAGGUUCGCCACUUUGUUUGGCGGUGCAUACUCGCAGAGCAACGACGCGCAAUAGAACGCCUCGAAACACUGAGCGACCAGGAGAUCUUUACCCACGUCCAAGCCGGUAUUGUAUAUCUGGCGAUGCGGCUUGUAGACGGGGUAAAGCAUGGUCUAGAUUGGAUACGUGAUAUGGUAGCGAUACAGGACGUUCUUUGCACCCGCUUCCUGCAGAAUAAUGACUUCUGCUUCUGCCAUUCCGAGCAAACACACCCCACCCUGACAUGGGAAGACUGGAUCUAUGCGGAGUCGAGACGAAGGAGUUCUAUCGUCUGGUUCCUCAUCACUCGUACUGUUGUCGUUGCGCUAAAGGAAAACUGCUAUUUUACGAAUGCUCCUGACGCUUUGCCGCUCCCUGCACCGCAGACGCAAUGGGAAGCACGCAAUAGUGAGACCUGGAUGAAGGAAGUCUGGUCUGGAAAUCCGGCGAUCACGACAUUUGGCAAUUUGAUCACGGCGAAGCGACGAAUUGAUGAGCCUGAAAGUAAACAAAGGCUGGCGGCAUGGAACGCAAGAACGGACCGUCUGGGACCAUUGCUUAAUGCUGCAGUUGCUCUAGUCUAAUGGAUCGUUACAGGCUGAACAAAUACCAUUCCAAGGCAUCAUCCUCACGGUAAAGUCGGCCUUCGUCGGCUAUCCUGCUAUCUACCAAGCGAUCUCUCCAUCGCGAUCACUAAACGUCGCAGUAACCUUAUCCCCCUUCUGCAGUGUCGCCAACUCCACAAUUCUCUCCGCCCCCUGCUCAGGCGUGAUUCCAUAAUCCGUCCAGCCUGUCAAAUUCGUCUUCACAAGCUGCGGACACGCAACGUUGACCUUGGCAUCCACAUCCUCCAAAAUUCGCACAUAAUUCAAGGCCAACAUAUUCAGCGCCGCUUUGCUGGCAUCAUAAGCUUUAUAGUCAAUCGCGUAGAAUGGUGUGUCCUUCACGGUGGCUUGUUGCAGAGAGCCCAUGCGGGAUGACACGAAGACGAUCCUCGGGUUCGCUGACUUGCGGAUUAAAGGGAUGAAAGCCUCAGUAAGGACUGCGGUGCCGAUAACGUUGGUGUUGAAUGUCUCGGU